AUGUCUUCCGUCCCAACUCGUCCAUUAGGCAAAAACGGCCCUCUGGUCCCUCGAAUCGGCUUCGGCACUAUGGGUCUCUCGAUGAGCUACGGAAAGCCCAUGCCGGACGAACAGCGAAUCGAGCUCCUCGACCAUGCCCAUAAAAUCGGUGAGACUUUUUGGGACACCAGCGACUUCUACGGUGACUCCGAGGACAUCAUAGGAAAAUGGUUCGCCAAGACCGGCAAGCGUUCUGACAUAUUCCUCGCGACCAAGUUCGGCGCCGUCGUCUUAGACGGCGGCAGAUUCAGUUUCCGCGGCGACGCCGCGUACGUGAGCGAGGCCUGCGACAAGAGCUUGAAGCGUAUGGGCAUCGGCUACAUCGACCUAUACUACCCGCACCGCCUUGACGGCAGCACGCCGAUCGAGCUUAUCAUCGCCGAGAUGGUCAAGUUGAAGGACCAAGGCAAAAUCCGCCACAUAGGCCUAAGCGAAGUCUCCGCCACCACCCUCCGACGCGCCCACGCCAUCCACCCCAUCACCACCGUCCAAAUCGAAUACAGCCCCUUCACAACCGAAAUCGAGACCCCCGCAAACUCCUUACUCGCCACCUGCCGCGAGUUAGGCGUCGCCAUCGUAGCCUACAGCCCGCUCUCGCGCGGGCUGCUCACGGGCCGCGUGCGCAGCGCCGCGGACUUCGGGCCGGGCGACGUGCGCGCGAGCUACCCGCGCUUCUCGGCCGAGAACUUCCCCGAGAACCUGGAAGUCGUUGACGAGCUGCGGCGGAUCGCCGAGGGGAAGAAGAAGGGGUGCACGGCCGCGCAGCUGACGCUCGCUUGGCUGCUGGCGCAGGGGGAUGAUAUUUUUCCUAUUCCGGGGACUACGAAAAUCGCUACGCUAGAAGAGAAUUUUGCGGCGGCUUCUGUCGAGUUGACUGCUGAGGAGACCGCGCAUAUUAGGUCGCUUGUCGAUGCGGCGUCAUGCCAUGGUACCCGAUAUCCGCCUUCUCAUGCCCUGGGCUUGUUCGCCGAUACGCCGACGCUCGAAGAGUACAAUCCUGACUCUGCUCGUACGGCGAUUGUUGGAACUGUAUAUGAGAAAUAG